AUGGCGAUGUGGGUGGAGCGGGAUGGAGUGAAGACGGAAGAAUUUGGAGUGUUCACCCUUCAGGCGCUUAAUCUGGAUGACCUUUUCCUCGCCAACAGGUCUCGAAACCCUGCACUGAAAUCCAACACGGCAGAAGAAGGACAGAACGAUGCAAAAUUUCUGUUUCCUUGUGAAGGAAACACCUACAGAAGACCAGAUGAGGGUGCUACAUCAGUUCAUUCACUCAACCCCUUGGAAGUCAAGGUUUUAUCCACUUUCAGAAGCUUAAAUCUGAAUCCUGAUGGUGCAAAUAAUAGACUACAGGGCUUGGAGCGGUUAUUGCAGAAGGCCAGCCGGGAUGUUGAAUCCUACAUGAGCCAAAAACUACCUUCAGCCUCCCGUAUUUCUCCACCACCACAAGAGAACCUCUUAGAAGAAGCUAAGAAGCUGGUGGAAAACCUAAAGCAAGGCCAGAUAGUGUCCUUUGCCAAUGACUGGAAGAUGAUCACCAUUUUUGUUACUGCUGAAGACCCUUGUGAUUUUUGCAAUCAGAUGGAUCACACAGAAGGCACCAUCAGAAAGCUGGAGAGUGUUCUAGAUUAUCUACAUCAAGAACUUCCAAAAACAUUUGUGAGUUUGGUUGAUUUAACGGAGUUAAACGGCUUGUACCUGUCUCAUCCCAGCCAAGCAGAGCUCAGGAAAUCAUGUGACUGUUUCAGGAAACCAUCAGAUUAUGCCAAAACCACAUUCCGCUUUUCAUUCCAGGUUGCCCUUGAAAGACUGGUACAUUCUGGACAAUACGACAACAAGGAAGAUUUCACCGUGGCGCUGCAUCCCGUCAUUAAAAUGGUGGACUAUGGAAAUCUUCAAAACCUUGAUAAAUCUUGGGAGUCCUAUGAUUUUCAGUGCUCUGUUCAGGCCAGUCCUUACCUCAACACUCACAGGAACAGCCCUUACGAGUUGCUCAGUGACAUGCUACUGUACGAAGAGAAAAAUGCUCAGACAAGGAUCUUUGGCUCAAAUUUUACCUGCACAGAUUUAUCUCCAUCUGACACCGUCCCAACCUCUGUUCACAGAUUGAAGCCUGCAGAUUUUAAGGUCAUCGCUGCUUUGGGAGACUCCAUUACUGCUGGAAAUGGAGCAGGUGCCGUGAUCACUAAUCCAUUGGAUGUAGUUACUGAGUACCGUGGUCUCUCCUGGAGCAUUGGUGGAGAUUUGGAACUCAGCAAUGUGACCACAAUAGCAAACAUUCUCCGGCUGUACAACCCUAAUAUUGAAGGCUUCUCCACCGGAAGAGGAUCCCACCACCUUCCCAAUUCUAAUCUGAACCGAGCUGUCCCAGGAGGCAACGCAGAAGAUAUGCUGGAGCAGUCUCAGUUACUUGUGCAAAGGAUGAAGACGUCUUCGAAAAUAAACAUGGCCGAGGACUGGAAACUUCUGACUAUAUUUAUUGGAGGAAAUGAUCUUUGUGGCAUCUGUAAUAACCCAAUUUAUUAUUCUCCGGAAAAUUAUAUUUAUCGUAUCCAAGAAGCCCUGGACUACUUGCAGGCUGAGGUCCCGCGGUUGUUUGUCAAUCUGGUGAUUAUUAUGGAUAUAAUGCCACUGAAAGAGCUUUAUGAUGAUAAACGGACUCACUGCCCGCAGACUAUCAUGAGGGGACUGUGCCGCUGUAUUGUAGAAAAUGAUCACAACUCUCUGCUUCUGGAGACCGUUAAACAACAUAACAAGAAAUAUCAGGAAAUGACAUAUCGCUUAAUUGAAACUGGGAGAUAUGAUACCAAAGAGGACUUUGCCGUUGUUGUCCAGCCAUUUUUCGAAUACCUUGAAAUACCCAUAAAUGCGGAAGGAUUUCCCGACAGAUCUUUUAUGUCUCCAGACUGCUUUCAUUUUGGUGAGAAAGGCCAUGCCCAGAGUGCCAGAGCCCUAUGGAAAAACAUGUUUGAACCAGUUGGUCAGAAAACAAGAGAUCAGUCUCUAGCUGAAGAUAUUGGAAUCCACUGUCCACCACAGAGUGAUCCCUUCGUGAAGACAGCGCAGAACAGUAACUACCUUUAUCCGACCAUUCCCCCUGAUCCAACCCACGGGAGCAAACUCACAUGCGCAGACAAAAGUCCCUCCAAUCCAAAACCUACGUCAGUUCACGCACUGAGACCUGCGGACGUGAUGGUUGUGGCAGCCAUCGGAGACUCCCUGACAGCUGGAAAUGGUAUUGGUUCCAAAACCAAUGAUGUCUUGGAUGUGCUUAAUAUGUACAGAGGUUUAUCUUGGAGCAUUGGUGGUGAUUAUACAUUAGACCGUGUAACCACCCUGCCAAAUAUACUGCGUGAGUUUAACCCGUUACUCACUGGAUUCUCAACAGGAACAGGAAAUAAAACUGUUCAUAAUUCCUUUCUAAAUGAAGCUGUUCCAGGAGCCAAGGCCUUUAAUUUACCAGAACAAGUAAAGGCCCUGAUUGCUCAACUUAAAGAAGACAAGAGAAUCAAUUACAAUAAUGAUUGGAAAGUGAUCACCAUAUUAAUUGGACCUAACGACUUGUGUGCUUGGUGCUCAGAUGCUAACUUUUUUUCCACCAAAAACUUUAUCGAUUACAUUCGAGAGGCACUGGACAUGUUGCACAAGGAGGUCCCUAGAGCAUUUGUUAACCUGGUGGAAGUGAUGGAUAUUUACCCAUUGAGAGAAGCCGUCUUAGACCCACGAGUGAAGUGUCCUGUCCUUAUUACUAAGAUGCUCUGCCCAUGUCUACUAAAUAUUGCAGACAACUCACAGGAGCUGAAGUUCAUACGAGACAUUAACAGCGACUAUCAGCACAACACCCAGCAGCUGAUUGACUCAGGAAGGUACGACACAAGAGAUGAUUUCACUGUGGUUUUACAGCCAUUCUUCCGCAACCCCACAAUUCCCAAACUCCCGGAUGGGAUCCCAGAUGCAUCGUUCAUGGCCCCAGACUGUUUUCACCUCAGUCAGAAGUCGCAUUCGCAGAUGGCCAGGAUGCUUUGGAAAAAUAUGCUGGAGCCUGUUGGAAAGAAAACGGAUGUAUUAGAAUUGAUGGCUAAUAAUGCGCUGAGCUGCCCCACUCAGGAUCAGCCAUUCCUAAGGACAUAUAAAAACAGCAACUACAAUUAUUCCCCUGCGCAGCCCACGCAGCCCCCUAUAAAGAACUGGGGCAGUGACCUGACGUGCCAGGCAGCCGGACCUUCCUCCCAAAUUCCAACAUCAGUGCACAAACUACGCCCAGCAGACAUCAAGGUGGUCGCAGCCCUUGGGGAUUCCCUAACUGCAGCGUAUGGAGCUAAGUCAGCCUUACUAAUUGACAUGGCAACUGAGUAUCGGGGUGUUUCUUGGAGCAUUGGUGGUGAUGGGACCCUAGAGGAAUGUACAACACUGCCCAAUAUUCUGAAGAAAUUUAAUCCGAACAUAAAGGGAUUUUCCACCGGAGUUGGCAAAACAAACACAAUGUUUAAUGUAGCCAUUGGUGGUUCCAAAGCAGAAAAUAUGACAUCUCAAGCAACCACCCUAGUGAAUAAGAUGAAAGAAAGCACUGUGAUCAAUUUUCAGGAAGAUUGGAAGGUUAUCACAAUAUUUAUCGGUGCCAAUGACCUCUGCCAGUUUUGCCACAACAGGGACAGAUAUUCCCUGUACAAUCACGUCACCCAUCUUAAAAAUGCUUUGGACAUUUUAUACAAAGAGAUCCCUCGUGUAUUUGUGAAUCUGGUGGAAGUUUUGGAGGUGGAAGGACUACGAAGAGUAAAGGCAGACAGUUUUGGCUGUACCCUGUUAAAGCCAAAUCUUUGUCCAUGUUUCAUAAACCCACGGGAAGGGUCCCCAGAACUCUAUGAAAUUAAAAAGUUUAACAAGGAGCUACAGAGCCAAGUGGUAGAGUUGGCUGAGAAAUACCAGGACCGGGAAGACUUUGCAGCCGUGGUACAACCAUUUUUCAAAAACAGCGUUUUGCCUGUAGAUAAGAACGGUGAUGCAGAUUUAAGCUUCUUUUCCGUGGAUUGCUUCCACUUCUCAGAGAGAGGUCAAUCAGAGAUGGCCAUAGGCCUGUGGAACAGCAUGCUGGAACCCGUUGGACAAAAACAGGAAUUCAAUAAUUUCACCCAUGAUCGAUCCAAGCUGAAAUGUCCUACACAGGACCAGCCUUAUCUCUUCACCCUGAAAAAUAGUGGACUCCCAGAAACUGUAGCUCCCGUACCAGAAGAGAAAGAAGGCCAGGUGCCCUACUGGUCAGUGAUAGUAGGCACCAUCGGGGGAUUGGCUGUAGGGUGUGCGAUCGUUGGGGUUGCAAUGUCAAUGACCAAUCGAAAGAAGAUGCGCAAGUUGAAAUCACCAUUUGAAAACGGUUCCAGCUUCUAAAAGCAACGUCUGCAGCCACCGUAGCUCAUCUUCAGCGGCUGGAAAUUCAGAGACUCCAAAUUCUAGCAAACUUCUAGCCUGGCCCUCGAGGCCAUCCUUGGAGAUGAACUCUUCUUGGUUAAAGAUUCAGUCACCCCAAAACAUGAACAUUAUUCAGUUGUACUGCUACUCCAGUUAUUCGUAUCCUGUACUUAUAAAAAUAUGUGCUUUGAAAGCUAACCUUUAUUUCAGGAGAUCUAAAUUUAGUGUUGGAGUCAUCUUUGUGAUCCAAGAAUUGGUUUUGAAUUAUGCACCAUCUUGUAAUUUACCAUAUGUCUAUUAUAACAGGAUAUGUUAUUAUGUUAUGGAUAUGUUAUAGGGAUGUACUCGGAAAAAGAUAGGGACCCUACCCUUGAGUUUAUGAAUCACUGGUGUAAAUAUUACAAAUGCUUUUGAGAAAUAAAAUUGCAAAAAGUAUUUUUUUAAAAGGCCUUUAUUUGUAUAUUCCCAGGUAGAAUCUGUGCAAAUUACCAGAGAAAUAAAGACUGAAUACACAAUA